CCGCCGACGACGAUCUUCCUCCUGUCGAUCCGCGCGGGCGCGUGCGGCAUCAACCUGACGCAGGCGAACCACUGCGUCAUGGUCGAGCCGUGCACGAACGUCGCCCUCGACCGCCAGGCCAUCGGCCGCGUGCACCGCAUGGGCCAGCAGCGCGACGUGACGAUCCACCGCCUCGUGCUCCGCGACUCCGUGGAGUCGCGCAUG